UUUCUUCAGCAGCACCAGCUCCACUUUUCACUCCUUCCCUCCUCCAUCCGCAGAUCCUCUCACUCUCAUUCUCUCAUUUGUGUAUCUCUUCUUUACUUCAUCCCUCUUUCCCUGUAACCUCUCACUCUUCCUCCUCCUUUCUCCCUUUCUUCUUUUUUCCUGUGUGUGUGUGUGUGUGAGCACACUCCAUCAUUCUUCUCUCUCUGUGUGUGUCUGAUGGAGGCUGAGGCGCUGUACAGCUUCAGAGCCACAGAAUGUGACGAGCUAAGUUUCCAGAAGGGCGACAUCCUGAAGGUGACAAAUAUGGAUGAUGAUCCGAACUGGUACACGGCUGAACUGUCGGGCAGGAGGGGCUACGUACCCAAGAACUAUAUCAAUGUAAGACCUCAUGCGUGGUUUGUGGGAGGAAUAUCUCGGCAGGCAGCGGAGGGCCGGCUCAGGCCACUGGAGUGCGGAGCGUUCCUCAUCCGGGAGAGCGAGAGCACGCCGGGAGAGUUCUCAGUGUCCGUCAGUUACGGAGACCAUGUUCAGCACUUCAAGGUUCUGAAGGAUGGACUAGGCCAGUACUUUAUAUGGGACGAGGUCUUCAGCUCGCUCAACCAGCUGGUGGAUUUCUACAGAAUCAACAGCAUCGCCAAAGAGAGAACCGUCUUCUUACGAGAGCCCGAGAGAUUGCUUGCUAGACCGCGCCACGCCCACGCUCUCUUCGACUUCACUCCUCAUCAUGUGAGCCAGCUGCGCUUCCUUCGCGGUGAUGUUAUUGACCUGCUGGACUGCUCAGACGCUCAGUGCUGGAGGGGGCGUUGCCGUGGGAGAGUGGGCGUGUUCCCACCAGAAUAUGUUCAGCCUAUUUAUCAUUAACAUUUCAGAGGUCUAGCUUUAAAUUCAGCCUCAUGCUUCGGUUCGUGUUUUAGUCAGUGUGGAAAUUAACCCUGACCCUGCAGUUGUUGUCAAACAUGCGCUCACUGUUUAUCAGCCCGCCUCUAUUCAGUUCAUCAUUCAGGGGUCCGUUUCUGAUCUUAUGCAUUAAGAGAUGAUCUACUGUCUCUACCUGUACAGCAGGAAAUGGGAGCAAAGUUAGGGUUUCUUAAUUAUGUAUUAUUUUAAGCAAUCAACACACCUAAGCUACAGAUUACAAAAUAAUAAUAAAUUUUUUUUGCACUAAAAGACACAUCAUAUUAUAAUUUUCUGAUCUAUUUUAAUACAUAAGGUGCACCGAAUGAUAAGGCGCAUUAUGCGACACUAGUAAGGAACAGGGAUGUCACCAUGUUUUCCUUUUAUUCCAGCAGGUCUCACCUCUGGGUGGUGGGUGGUAACUAAGUUAAGUAAAGCUAAGUUAAGUAAACAAAACUGUAAUUCUUUUAAAACAUUUUUGGUAACACUUUAUAAUAACUUUCAUUAAUAAACCAUUAACUAUUGAUUAAUAACUGUAAACUAAAAAAAUGCUAUCACAUUUGUAAAUACGAACUGCUUGAUAAACAUUUGCCUAGUUUAAAAUCUGCAUUUACUAGCGAUUUAUUAAUGUUCAAAUUCUGAUAAGCUAAUGAUUUGCUAACAUUUUUAAUAUGGAUAUCCAUGCUGAUAAAUAGGUGUUAUGUGUGAGCAUUUGUUAAUAUUCCAAUUCUGAUGAACUACUGCUUUGUUCACAUCUACUGAUCAUUAGUUAAACAAAUAUUAAUGAAAGUUAUUAUAAAGUGUUACCACAAUUCUACACAGAUUUCUCUGCUGAAAACUGUUUAUUUGGGUGAGUAAAGCGCUUCAGUUUAUUUACAAUAAGCUUAGAUUUUCAGAUUUCUACUAAGGCUGGGUGCAGCAGCAGCAUUAGCAUUAGUGGCUAACUGCUAGCACUAGUAAAUGCCAGGAAGAUAUUAGUUAGGGGUUCGUACCCCACAGUUUGUUUUAACACAGUAAAUAUGCAGGCUACUCGCCUCUAAACAGCGAGAAAGCUAGUGCUUAGCUCGGUUAGCGGUUAAUGCUAAUACUGCUCCAGCAGUGCUAUCCUGGGUUAGCAGCAGGCUACAGGCUAAUUAUACUCACCUCUGAGCAGCGAAAGAGCUAAUGCUAAUACUGCUCCAGUCUCGGUGCUAGAGAACUAAAAUGAAACUCCUGUAUAACACUGUACUUCAGCAGAGUGGCUUUACUGCUCCUUACAACCUGCAAAAAAUAUGAUAAACCUUGUUUCCUGUAACAAUAGCUUAUGAACAAUGAAUUCAUUUAAAAUACUGUUGAAAUGUUUGGUUUGGUUACUUUUAUAACCAUUAGCUAAAGUGGAGAAUAAACAGCUGGUCUGAAGUUGAGGAGGUGAAUAAAGGCCAGGUGGUUUGCUUUUGCUGUUUUUACAACUAUAGCUGCACAGCUGCAACAAGAGAUGCAGUGUGGGUACGAGAGAGAAGCACGUAGCGGUAAUGAUAAUGCCUAAAAGCAAAAAUAUGAGUGCAUUAAUUACGAUUUAGGACCACAUAUGAAAGUGACUCAAAUCUGAUUUGACAAAAAUCAAAAAAUGUAUUUGGCACGUUCACACAGCCAUGAAAAAAAUCAGAUUUGAGUCACUUCAGCCUGGUAAUGUGAACUCAGCCAUAAAGGAGGAAACCCAGUGAUUGGUUGAGGUCUAUUGGCUUCCAGACUUCAGGAAGUGAUCGAAUACAAAGGAUUCUCAACAAAGUAUUAAAAAUUAACUAGUAUUAAUUUUUUUACAGUAAAGUUAAUUUGUCCAAAAGCUUUUGGGGCUUUGAAAUGAUGAGACUUUUAUAGAAAAAUGGUUGUAAUUUGUAGGAUAUUUUUGUUUAACCCUUGAAUUAAACCUGAAAGUCUAAUCUUUAGUUUAAUCUCAUUUGUUUCAUUUUAAAUCCAGUAUGUUGUCAUGCAGAGCCCAAAUCAUGAAGAUUGUCUCACUUUCCAAAUAUUUAUAGAAAUAACUGUAAUAAUUUCAUGCUUAUUCUAUACCUACUGAGGCAAAUGGUACUUUGAAUUUACCUAAAUAACAAAAUACAAUCCAUAAUUAUUCAGAAUUAUGUUUAUGUAAAAUAUAUAUAAUCCUAUUAUUUGAUUCAAAGCAGUGUUGGAUGAAAGUUUAUGUUUGUAUGCUGAGUAAUGAAGUUGUGUUGUAUAAAGGUAGUGAUGUCCAGUAGAAAAAAAUAAAAUAAAUUGUAGCUCUUUAUACAGUUUAGAUAGUUAUCAUAAUUAAUAAAUUAAUAACUACUAUAUAAUAAAUAUAUACCUUAUAAUUAAUAUAUACCUUAUAAAUACUAUAACCUUAUAGUUAUAGGAAUUAUUCUAAUUUACUAGUAUGAUGAUUAACAAACAGUAAAGAAAGAAAGAAAAGUGAAAUCUUCAUCUUUUUGCUGCACAGGCUCAAAUGACAGCCUGCUUGUAAAUUUAUGCAAAUUAAAUUGCCAAAUUGUGAGUUAUGAUACAGACAUGUUGCUUUAAAUAGUUUUAUUUAUGUCUGGAAUUGUUUGAAAGGUUUUCUACGCAUCCAUAAUUUGGGAAGUUUGUUUUUAUUGUGUUUUAAACUCUAUUUAUUUAUCAUUUAUUUAUCAAUUUAUUUAUUAUACUGACAGGUUAACAACAAAUCCACUACUUAAUUACUUGAAAAGGUGUAUAAGAACAAAUCUUUUGAGGGCCAUUCCCCCAAAUGGGUGCUAUUUGCUUGUUUUGACUUAUUUUUUUCAGCUCUGCAGUUAAUAACUAAUUUAAUUUAUAACAUAAACUGGUCAAAUUCAGGCAACUUUACUUAAUUUUUUACAAGGUUUCUAAGAUGAAGAUGGUUACAAAACUUAAAUGACAUUUAAAAAGCAUGUGUAAAAACAAGUCCACUAAUUCCUUUGAUUUUCUCUCAAGAAAGUCUUUAUUUUAAAGAAAUGGUUGACUGCAGGUUCAAAUAAUUGAUAAUUAUGACAAAAAAAAACCACUCCUGAUAAUGGCACUCAUUCCUGUUACUGAAACUCACUCCUGUUACUGGCACUCACUCCUGUUACUUGAACUCACUCCUGUUACCGGCACUCAUUCCUUUUUACUUUUUGUUUUCAGUAACAGGAAUGAGUUUUUAGCAUAGAAUUAGCAAAAACAUGAAAAAUAGCUAAAUGGUGGCUAUGCUAAUAGCAUGAGAACACUGAGCACAUUCUAGUGAUUUUCCCAAAAUUUGUAUUUUAAAAAUAACCAAUAAGAUUUAAGAAUUAAUUUAGGUAACAGGACAGAGUGUUGAGAUUGAGCUCCUCAGUUAUAGUUAUAUUUGACAAUAAGAUCAAAUAUACAGAAAAACUAAUAAACUUAAUUUUGGUCUUCCCCUGAUCUUCAGAAGAACCAGCUGAUGUCACUGUUCCAGAUGUUUCAGAUGGGUUAAUGUUUUACAGUAACAGGACUGAGUGAAACCCAGGGACAAAAAUAAAAUGUGUAUUUUAACUUAAAUAUUAUGGAUUUAUUAUUAAAAAAUAUUUUUACAGCAUAGAUGGGAUUUGGAGUCAUACAACAAUGCAAAAGAAAAUACAUGUCUGAAGGAUUUUAAUAAUUAUAUUUCAUGGUAAAGUUUAUAGUUAGAGAGUGGGGACAGGUAAGACAUGCUAUUUUUUUUUUAGUGUUCUAAAUCAUUUUUUAAUUACAUAUCUUACUUUUGCAAUCAGAUCAAUGUACAAGGCACUAUGCUUAGUAAUAAAAUGUAUUUUAUUAUUUUAUUUUGUGUGCACAUUUAUACAUGUAAUUCCUGGGGACAUAAAUGGCACCCACUUGGUGGAAUGGCUCUCACCAUAAAUGUAAUAACUAUUUCAAAUUGUAAUAAAUCAGGACAAUUAAAUUAUUUUUUAGAGUUUUAAAUGUAAUUUUAUUUGAGCUUUUAGGUUUUAUAUCCAUUUAGAUAUAAACUAGUAACCAAAGCAGUUUCAUGUUUUGGAUCAGAAAUCACUAUAUUACUGUAUAGGAUUGUAGAGAUGCUGCAGGCCUGUAAAGACAGAGCACAAUAACGGUUUAGUCUGUUAAAUUUCAGUUUUUCAUAUUUUUUUUUUUUCAGAAUACACACUCCUCUAGACUGGAAUGCAGAUCAGAUCUGUUUUGAAUUCCUACUGAAGUGUAAAGCAGUUUGUGAAAAGACCCAGAAAUGUCAAUCAAACGGCCCCACCUGCCAUUAGCUGACAGUUUCUUUGUGAACAUUCCAGAAAGACACAUCCCACCCAGACAAAACGGGAACACCCAGGUUACACUUUGCCU